AUGCGAUAUGACUGUUUAUACACAUAUGCACCUAGUCAAGUACUGAAUAUACAAGCUGCCGGCGAACGUGCUCGAUCACUCAUAUCGUAUUGUCGUUAUCUCAACGGAACAAUCAAUAAAACCUCUGUCAGUACAUGCCAAACUGGAUCACCUAUAACAUUUGCUGAACUUCGCCGAAAUAAUGUAACUACUUUCGAUUUGUAUAUGUGGCAAGCGCCUAUUGAUCUAAUCGAUCAAUACGGAGCUGAUUAUAAACAUGGCCUAUUUUGCAACUGCUCAAGUGCCGAACAGUUUGGUUUAUACUGUGAAUAUGAAUUUCCACUUGCUAAUGAUCAAAGUCAGCCGCAUCGAUCAUUUGAGCAAAUUAUUAUGAACCAAUUUAAUUCUAAAAGCUUAAUGUUAACCCCGAAUGAAUUAUUUGAUAAUUUAACGUGCUAUAUAGGUCUUUCACAAUGUAAUGCGUUAAUUUGCUUAGAUUGGCGCCAAGUAUGUAAUGGCAUAAUUGAUUGUGCCGAAGGCGAAGAUGAAAAAGAAUGUGCACAAAUGGAACUACAUACAUGUGCAGGUGGUAGUAAUGAGUAUCGAUGUCAAAGUGGUCAUUGCAUACCACGUGCAUUUGCGUUUGAUAAAGUCUACGAUUGUCUUGACAGAAGCGACGAGCGACUCGAUUCAAUAGACGACUUUACAAGAAAAUGCUUCACAACAGUUUCAGUUGAAUGCGAAGAGCAUAAUUGUGGUUGGUUGGGAUUUUCGUGUGGCGAUGGUUUUUGCAGUUUGGAGAGGUCUGCGUCCUCUUUUAGUUGUUCUUCUAAGCGCGAUUUUGUUUACCUUCGACAGCUUUUUUGGGACGAAAAUCAAUCAUUGUGCUUGGCAUUAAUAAUGUGCCAUUUAGGUCUUGGUAAAUAUGUGCACGCUGCUUGUUGGAAGCUAUGUGGUAUUUCUAUCGACUGCGAGCGUCUAAUUUUAGCCACAUGUACCAAUGAAACGAGUUGGGUUCAAAUUCCACCACGGUCUAUUGUCUCGAAUACAAAUGUAUUUUUAUAUAUUGAAGUCAGUCGAUCGAAAGGUGCUGUUAGUAAAAGACCAGAACGCCUAUGUUUUACUACUGACAACGAUACCGUGAUCUGUGAGCAAAACGAGUUUGACAAUGAUAUUGUAGAGAACUGGAUGGGAUUCAUUCUCAACUUGCAUUUACGUUUUGCCUUUGCUAUGCGAUUGAACACAACAACAUUACAGCAAAACAGAUCCUCGCUACAAUUUGUGUGCUCAAAAUCGGGGUAUUGGGUGUCAGCAUAUCGAAUUAGAGAUGGUAGAAGAGAUUGUCCUCUCAACAGUGACGAUGAGAAAACUGUCAAUUCUUGUCAGCGUCCAUCUGAUACUGAUUUAUUACACUGUCUCAAAGGAAGUCAAUGUUGGCAUCGGAACGCAUUUCUUGAUGGAAUUAAAAAUUGUGCAGACGCGUCAGACGAACCUUUUGAUAUUCGUACUUUAGGACUCCAUGCAUCACCAUUUCUAGCAGCUUAUAUUCGUGAUACCGAUUUCACUACAUACAUACCACUCCAUUUUCAGAGUUUAUGUGAUGGGAUUGUAUGGCGUCAAAUUUCGAUCGAUUCUGACAACGAAACAGACGAAACAAACUGCGCUGAAUGGCCAUGUAACUCACGUUCCAAACGUUGUAACGGUUUUUGGAAUUGUCCAGAUGGGCGAGACGAGCUCAACUGUUCACAUUUGGCUGCAACAAAAAUUGCUCAAAACUUCUUGUCAUGUGCUCCCGAUGAACAUAUAUGUAUAAAUAUAUCCACAAAAACUAUGGGUUGUCUAUCUAUGAAUCGAUCCGGCGAUGGUAAAGUAGAUUGUUUAGGUGCAACAGAUGAGCGAGUUGGCUAUUGUCAGCAUCAAAAUCCAUAUUCUUCUGAUAACUUGGGAAUGUCAGGCAGGUUUCGAUUUCGAUGUGGUUCAAAUAGUUCUUUAUGUAUAUCAGUGGACCAUCUAUGUGACGGCAGUACAGAUUGUACUAGAACAAAUGACGAUGAACGUGUAUGCCCAUGGACAUUAUGUAGUGGAUGUUCAAAAAAAGAUGUUUUUUUAUGCGCUGAUGGAGUAAACCUGCCUCUUUGGAGGCGAUGUGAUGGCACCAUUGAUUGUAUUCAGUAUGGUGAAGAUGAAUGGUUUUGUGAUAUGAUCGAAAAGCAUUCCGAAUUUAAGCCUUUUUCCUUCCAUGAUUUCCGAUCAUAUCCACCGAUAGUGACUAGUUAUACAUUCUCGUCAUCUCCAGUAGUAACAUUACCAUCAGAAACUGAAAAUAGUGACAGUAUUCGAUUUUCUCAAUACUAUGAAUCCACUUUUCCUACGUGGUAUUGCAACCGAGGCGUAAUUUUCUACGAUGCUUUUGGAAAAUGA